UCUCGAGAUUUCUUUUGUUCUCUACACUUUCUGGAAAUGAACACAAAACCAUUUCCGUCGAAAACUCUCUUAUCAACUUCUUUAUGGUUCCGAAGCGUAACCGAUACAAUCCAAGGCUCAUUCACACCUGAUGAACUGAUUUGGUAUCGCGAUAAUCAAUGAGGUCUUUCAACUUUUUAGAGCACGGAAAGCAAAGAUGGAUCCGACCAAAUCACCUCCAGCCACUCAAUUGACUCUUGAACGAGUUUGAGGAAAGAUCAUCAUGAAGUUCCUCAUCAUAUACUUUUUGAUGAGUCCCUUGACGUUGAGUCUUCAAGUGUCUAAUAGAACUCUCCGAUUCAGGGAUUCAAAAUUGCUGCCACUCUUCAAAGUCAUCACCUUUCCGAAUGAUCCUUGUGGAACCGGGGGCGCUAGGAAUGGAACUUGUUACACCAAGGAGGAAUGCCAAGCCAAAGGAGGCUCAUUUUCGGGUUCAUGUGCCAGCGGAUUCGGUGUGUGUUGCACUUUUCAGCUUAAAUGUGGUGGAACCACGUCCCAGGAAUUCUCAUACCUAAUACAAUCAAGCACAUCCAUGUCUCCCUCAUCAGGUUCAUGCACAUACAAGAUUUGUCGUUCCUCUGACGAAAUUUGUCGCAUCCGCCUGGAUUUUAUUACCUUCUCUAUUGCUGGCCCAGUGGCUGGAACAACUGUCACUAAAGCGGCAGGAGCCAUUUCCACGCUAGGGGGCGCCAUUGGCGACUGUACCAAGGAUUCCUUCAGUGUGACGAGUCCUGGUCAAUCAGGAUCGCCGGUCAUUUGCGGAUUCAACUCUGGACAACACAUGAUUGUGGAUGCCAGUGAUUCUUGUAACUUGGCCGCUUUUAACAUUGGUGGAAUGGGCUCAACUCGGGCGUGGGAAGUGAAAGUAACUCAAUAUCCAUGUGGCUCUGAUCUAGGUGGUCCAUCGGGCUGCUUGCAAUACUUCAUGGGCAAAUCCGGGGUCAUUGCCAGUUACAAUUUUCCCACUAAAAGCACCACAGUAACCAAUACAGUGACUCAUCUGUCCAACCAAAACUAUCGAAUCUGCAUCAAACAAGAACAAGGAAUGUGUGCAAUUUGCUACAUACCUUCAAUUGUUCCUGGAACUCCCACCGAAGAUAACCAGGUUUCAUUUGGCCUCAGCAUUUCAAAGCCUGCAGCAACUGCCAAAUCUUCCCAAGGGACGAAUUGUCAAUCUGACUAUCUUUUUAUACCAAAUGUAGAAGCGGCGCCUGUUAAUCUUGCCAUAGCAUUGGGAGCAGCUCCUGGACGAGUGUGUGGAAGAAUAUUCUCAACCGUGGAUGAUGAUGCAGCAACCGCUUCUGUUUGCUCCCGGAUCAAGCCGUUUCAGAUCGUGGUUCAAACCGAUUUGGAUGAGGUGACUUCCGACGUGGCGGCCAAUGCGGAUGGCGCUGACACCAAUGAGAUGAGUUUGGGACCUGGAGGAAUUAUUGGUUUCUCUUUGAAUUAUCAGCAGAUAUCCUGCUAGUUACUGCAAAUAUCGGCAUAUUGUAUCAUUUUGGUUAGCUAUCAUUCAGUCUCAUAUCUUAAUUGUGUUUGUAAUAUUGUGAGCCGAUAUACUGGUUUAUUGCUCUAACUUAUUCAUGAUCCACCAUAUAUUGUUUUUCAAUUCAAGUAGAAUGAUAUCGCAAAAUCAAAUUAUAACCUACUAAAACUCAAAGUUGUUUUAAUUAAGACCAUUUAGUUCAGCAAGUUUGCAAAAACUCGACUAAAAAAGUAUGCAAAAACUCGAGCAGGUCCAAAG